UUCUAAUCUAAAAUGUUCAAACGUGUUCGAAAGGAAUUAGCCAAGCAGCAUAUUGAAGAGAACGAAUUUGAUCCUAAUGAUGAGGAAGAGAAGCUUGCUGGUGUAUUCUCAGAUACAGAUACAGAUUCAGAUAGUGACAAUUCGGACGAUGAAGAGACAAGGCGGCAAAAGAAGAAGGCUCGUAAAGCAUUAAUUGCAGCCAUUAAUGCAGGCGCAGAAUCCUCUUCAGAAGAAGAAGAAGAAGAAGAAGAAAAGGAUGGACAAACGAUCGAGACAUAUACCUGUAAUAUUUGUCCUGAUAAACAACUAAAGAAUGAAAAACAAGUUGAAGUCCAUUUACAAAGUCGACAACAUCGUCGACGCGAAAGAUACCUAAUCAAAACCGGACAGUUACCAUCCGAUGAACAGGUGCCUGAAGCAAACAAGGAGCCAAGUCCAGAAGAAAAAGAACAGAGGAAAAAAGCAAAAUUAGAAAAGGAAAAGAAGAGAAGAAAGGCGCUAAAGAAAGCGAGAUAUCUUAAAAAAAAAUCAGCUCAAGAACAAAAGGACACCCAAUAGAUGUAAAAUAAAAAAGUGUAUAAUCAGAAGAGAAGGAGAGCCUUCUGUCUAUGUAGAACCCAAGUAUUACGAAACAGGAUUUAAUUUAGUAAAAAGAGGGGAGGGAGCAUUUAAAGUUGGUAAUACAAAUAGCCCAUUUAACUAGAAGACUAAUGAAU